AUGCAGUAUCUCAAGCUAACCCUCGCCGUCACUGGCAUGCUGGCAGCUGUCAUCAUUGCUGCGCCGACAGAGAUUUCGACGCCUGAAACUUCAGCCGUCAACAUUGGCGAGCGUACUCCCCAAUCUCAGUGUGGUUAUUACUGGAAGAUCGAAAAGGACGGUCGUAUGCCAGCCUAUACGAAUGGCCACUACGAGAACAUCGAGGGCUCUACUCAUAUGAACAGCUUCGACAACAAUAACUGCGGUAUCUGCAUGGUCUUCCGUGAGCGUGAUGCUCAAGGCGAUAUCUUGUGGUCUGGUGGUCCAGGUCAGGGCGCCACUGACAAGGUGCGCGGUGGCCAGAGCUACUACUGCAUUGAUAGUUCUCUACCACCUCGCGUUGGUGCUACCGAUUCUGAUAAGGUCGUCUCUACUCGUGAUCCUAUCUCGCCAAUGCGGAUCUGUGGAAACUACUGGGACGACAGACACCAGCAUCCCCAGGAUGCGUUUGCCAACGGUCACUACGAGAACGUGGAGAUCAACACCGUAAUGUGGGGUUUCAACAACUUUGACUGUGGCAUCUGCAUGGUCUUCGCAGGUCGUGACGUGCAAGGCGACCAACUGUGGUGGGGCGGACCUGGCACGAGCAUUUCGAAGCAAGUCAAGGGCGCUCAGAGCUACUACUGUAUCUAUGGAGACUUACCUCCCAAAACCAAUGCCACUGGUAUCGUCAAGGCUAUCGCUACUCGCGAGAUUGUAUUGCCUUCGCCUUUCACCACUCGUGAGACUGCAGUCAUAUCGUCCCCGAUCAAAAACUUCACCAAGACUGUUUGCUCUAAGACAAACGGCCUUGAGAAGCGGGAUGUCUUCUGCGGCAACUACACUGCUGUGAUCCCUGGCGUCGAAGAGCAGGUAUUCUCCAUUGCGGCCAACGGUAACUACGAGAACACCAUCGACCACGCUACCAUGACUUCAUUCUCGAACCAGAUCUGUGGCUUCUGCAUUGUCUUUAAAGGGCCUGACUGCACUGGUGAAGAGAUGUACUGGGGCGGACCGGGGGAUCACACCAACAAUGUGAAGGGAGCUCAGAGCUACUUCUGCUACUAG